AGGGAGUAGGUAACGAUUGACCGAACUACCACAGCACACCACCAUUUUCUCAAGUCUAUAAUCAUCAUCACCCACCAUUGCCCCCUCUAAUAUAUAUACCCCCUUCCCUUCUUUCCUUUCUCAGCUUGCACGUUCCUUUCCUAAAGAGAACAUACAAGCUUCAACUUGCUCUCAUCUUUCCUAGUUUCGUCCCUAAAUUUAUAAAUUACUUUCAAUUCACCCCCUCGAAAACGAAAUUAAUUCAAAAUGCAUUCCAUUACUCCGUCAUCUGGUAUAACUCUCAAAUCCUUAAUCCGGAAAACACCGCCACCGGGUCAAACCAAUCGGUUCAACCCGGUUCGAUUCGUUAUCCAAUGCGGUUACCGGGUUGACUCAGCCAAUACUAACGCGAGUACUGUGGCGAUUAACAACUUCGCUGGCCACGUCGGCGCGUCACGAGCAGAUUGGCAAAGCUCUUGCGCUAUUCUAGCUAGCAAAGUUGUUUCACAACAGGAUACUGAGAAAACUGGUGAAAUCACUGUUGUGAACGGUCACAAAACUCUAGAUCUCGUUCCUAUCGAUAAUAAUCUACCUAAACCGCUCACAAUUACUGAUCUAUCACCUGCACCUAUGCACGGUUCAACGCUGCGCGUGGCUUACCAAGGCGUACCUGGCGCGUACAGUGAAGCUGCUGCCGGAAAAGCUUAUCCGAAUUGUGAAGCUAUUCCUUGCGAUCAAUUUGAAGUUGCGUUUCAAGCUGUUGAGCUUUGGAUUGCAGAUCGUGCUGUACUUCCUGUUGAGAAUUCUCUCGGAGGUUCAAUUCAUCGUAAUUACGAUCUGCUUCUCCGUCAUCGUCUUCACAUAGUCGGUGAAGUUCAACUUCCCGUUCAUCACUGUCUGUUAGCACUUCCAGGUGUUCGUAAAGAGUAUUUAACAAGAGUUAUAAGUCAUCCACAAGCUUUAGCUCAGUGUGAACUCACUCUCACAAAUCUCGGCUUAAAUGUAGCGCGUGAAGCAGUUGACGAUACCGCCGGAGCAGCAGAAUACAUCGCCGCCAACAAUUUACGCGAUACAGCCGCGAUUGCAUCCGCACGCGCCGCAGAAUUAUACGGUUUACAGAUCUUAGAGGAAGGAAUCCAGGACGAUUCAAGUAACGUGACGCGCUUCGUUAUGCUAGCGCGUGAACCGAUAAUUCCACGAACUGAUCGUCCGUUCAAAACAAGCAUUGUUUUCGCACACGAUAAAGGAACGAGCGUGUUGUUCAAAGUGUUAUCAGCUUUUGCGUUUCGAAAUAUCAGCUUAACGAAGAUCGAGUCGAGGCCACAUCGUAACCGUCCGAUUAGGUUGGUUGAUGAUGCAAAUGUGGGGACUGCAAAGCAUUUUGAAUACAUGUUUUAUGUGGAUUUUGAAGCGUCAAUGGCGGAUGUAAGGGCACAAAAUGCAUUGGCUGAAGUUCAGGAAUUUACGUCUUUCUUGAGGGUAUUGGGUAGUUAUCCCAUGGACAUGACUCCAUGGUGUCCUUCUAGGGAAGAGUAACAAAUUGAGAAAUGAACAAAUUAUUAUUAUUUUCUUUUAUUUGUAAUUAUAUUUCCGAAAGAGGAAAAACACAAGCAAUUUAAGUUUAAUUCCAUUUAA